GUUUGUCAUAACCUGUUUCCCAUCUCGCAGGAUGAAAGACGCAACGUAGCUACAUUAGAUCAUUAGUUUUAAGUAGACAUCAUUUUCAUUCUGUCCGUUUAGAGCUGAAACCAGCCCUAUUCCCUCUCCUAAUAGAUCCCCUGGCCACUGCUGUGUAACAUAAAGUAUGCCUCGAGGUGACAAAGAAGUUGUUGUCUCAGACUCAGAGCCUGGCAAAGUGGAGCCGCAGCAAGGCGGAGAGAAAAUGCCGUCCCCAGCUCCGUCAAAGAAGAUUUUCAUGGAGGAUCCCUCGGAAUACAGACCAGAGCUAAAGGACAUGUUAAUAGGGAAAGAUCAGGAAGAAUUUAGAGGAUUCUACAAUGAGGAUAAUGAAAGAUAUGAUAUUGUGGCUGAGACUUAUUCACAGAUGCAUUCAAAGCAAACCGUUGAGUUUGUGAAACACAUGCAUGAGAAAUGGACUAAAUUGACACAUUUCAAAAUGACGAUCAUGGAAGCAGUUGAAAAACUUGACGAACUAGUUGAUGAAUCCGACCCAGACAUUGCACUCCCGAAUUCAAUCCAUGCUUUCCAAACUGCGGAGAGAAUCAGAGAGGCCCAUCCUGAUAAAGACUGGUUCCAUCUUGUUGGUCUGAUACACGACCUUGGUAAAGUCAUUGCUCUUCAUGGCGAGCCACAGUGGGCCACCGUGGGGGAUACCUUCCCUGUUGGCUGCCAGUUCUCUAACAAGUGUGUAUUCCCGGAGUAUUUUGAUAACAAUCCUGAUAGAUCCCACCCAGUUUACAGGACCCAGUACGGUAUGUACGAGCCUAACUGUGGCCUAGAGAAGGUCCAAAUGUCUUUUGGUCAUGAUGAGUACAUGUACCACGUCCUGGUGGGUAAUGGUACCAGCCUACCAGUAGAGGGUCUGUACAUGAUCAGAUAUCACAGCUUCUAUCCCUGGCACACUGGGAAUGAUUAUGACUACCUGUGCAAUGAGAAGGACAGGAGCAUGUUGGAAUGGAUCAGAGAAUUCAAUAAAUUUGAUUUGUAUUCAAAGGCGGACAGUAUUCCUGAUGUUGAAUCAGUGAAGCCAUACUACCAAUCUCUCAUUGAUAAAUACAUACCAGGUGUAUUGUCCUGGUAAUAAUAACAACAACAACAACAGUGUUGUUGUUGUUAUUCUCUGCAGUUUCUGUUUCAUUUUGGUUAAUGAUGAUGAUGCAUUAUCAGCAUUUCAUUAUUAUUAUUAUUCAUUAAAAUGUUCUAUAGAUGUCAUCUCUACAUUGUCUCAUUUUUGUAAAAAUCAGCAUAAUGAACUAUAAUUAAUUAUUUAUAUUUAUUGUUUUGUUGGUGAUAAUUUUUCACUGCCUCGAGCUCUCAUUAA